UCGGCCGCCAUUUUGAGAAGCUCGUUGUGUGUCGGGGCUGUGAGAGACACUCGGUGCUUGCCCGGGCAGCGCAGGGAGCGGGGCCUUGGCCGCUGUGACUGGCCCUUCCCCGGGAGCGCGCGGCGCAACCGGGCCUGAGCGCAUGUUUUGCUAGGCUGAGGCUUUUUGAAAUACCAGCCCUUUAUUAAUGGGACCUCCAGGAUGAUGAAUGCCUUUUUUAUUUUUAAAAUGGAGGAGGAUACAGAGACGCCAAUGGAUCAGACUGACUCUCCUACUGAAAGUGGUGAUAUGAUAGAAACCAAAAGCAAGGGACCAAGAGGUCAGGGCAGAGGAAGAGGUGGCAGAGAUUUUGGAAACAAGGGACAACUUUCAUAUGUCAGAGGGAAAAUGCGAGGCAAAACACUUAAUGGCAUUGGGCCCAUGAGACAUGGGAUAGGAAGAAUGCGUCCAUAUCCUGACCCCCGAGGCAGAAGAGGAGGCAGAGGGGGGCCACCUUUUUUACCACCCCCACCCAUGAGAGGAAUGAUGAGAGAUCCUUUCUCAUUUCCACCACCAAGGCAUGGACUUCCUCCACCACCACCACCAGGACCAAUGAGCUUCAGAGGCAGGCCACCUCACCCCAGAGCCAGAGGGAUGCUGCAGAUGCCAAGAGGUCAAUUCCCUCCGCCAAGAGGGGUAACAUAGUCACCCUUUGAGGCCAGUUGGAGAUGGUAUGCAGACCUUUUGGAGAGCCUGCAACAAGCCUUAUCUGAGGUGAGAACAUUUUAAAAACUUCUUUUUAUCAUCCACAAUUUCUCUGUCAUUUACAGACUAAAAAAAUUAGGCAAAUUUUUCUAACAAAUGUACAUGUGUUUAGUAACUAGGUUAGCCAAGAGAAAAUGUGGUGAGAACUUUAGUAUUAAAGCUUCUGUUCUUUAUCUUGUGUUGCAGCAUAUGCCAAACAAUAGUUUUGGAGUCAGUUACUAUAAUGUCCUUCGUUUGUUCUAGUUGUAAUUUCUAAAUUUAGAAACUAUUUCACUUGUUUUUGCUAUUGAGACCUAUAUUUUGAACUCUUUGGAAUUUUUGCUAUGGGGAAACUAUGAAUGGCAGAGCUGAAAUUCAAGCUGGAAGUUCUGUUGAGUUCAAGGAGCAAAAGAUUGGUAUGUUCAUUAUGACUUAAUUUCUUAUACUGUAAUUACUGAAUAUUGUAGAAACACUUAGGUUUUCUGCAAAGUACUACCAAACUUUUUAGGAAAGAAGUAUGAAUACUGUACAUUAGAAUACAGAAUAGAAUGCCAGUGAUGACUUAUAGUUCUCAGUAUGUGUAAAAAUAGGUAGUCUCUCUUUAUUUUAAAACUGAUAUUCAGUGGGAAAGUUUUCCUAUCAUCUACAUUUUUGUGUUUAAAAAAAUAAAUUAAACUUUAAAACAUUAUUUUAUUGUGAUCCAAAAGACAGCAUUUACACAGGCUGUCUGAGAGAUACUGUUCUGAAAUAGUAAUUAUUAACACCAAAUGUAUAUAAAAAUAAACAGUAGAGUAUGCAUACUAAAACAAUCAGCUUGAUUGAUGACUUACAGAACUGCAUAUUCUUGCUAUCAGUGUCCUGUUUCUAGUGCACCAGCUGGAGAAAAACAAAAUAAAAAACAAAACCCAUCGGAUCUUUUCAGAUAUAGUUCCAAUAUAACAGUAAAAUAAAAUUUAAAUUGAGAGAAGGGAUUCUCUCCCUCCUCCCUCCCCCCCCCCCCCAAAAUAAAGGGGUUUUCAAACAGCAAGGAGGAUUAGGCCUAUCAUAUGUCCAUUUUCUUCUUUUAAAGUGUUUUGAUGAGGACUUCUGAGGUUAACUUUUCAAACCCAGAUAUACUGCAUGACUAUUAGGAUGGGAUACAUUAACAGAAAAUAUCAGACAAACCAAAUUGGUUAUACAGAUUUGAAUGAGAAGCAAGUGAAAAGACA